UAGGAUUUUGGGGUAAACGAAUCCAAGUGGACCGCGUAGAAAUAGCUUGUGGAUGUUAUUCUAAUACCUUGGGCAAUGUGCAUUGAAUUGUGCUAUUUGGAUAUAGUUCAAAUACGCUGGAUAAGACAUCAUCCAUUCGCAGUGCUAUCAAAAUGCUAUAGCGAGGAGGAAAAAUGCUGUGUCACAUUUGGAGGCCACUCACGCGCAUCCCGUGCCAGCCAGUCUGAGCCAGAGCCAGUGCAUGCGCUCAGUGCGCCAUCGAUGAUGUUGUGGGAUAUAUCCAGUCUGGUCGACUAAACCGGCGAUGUAUUUACCACGCUAUGUGUUAUAACAUUUUUAAAAUCGACAUAGUCACAUACAGCCACUGGACUUUUCAUUCAAUUUAUGUAGCCUACAGUAGCGCUGGUGAACAUCAUGUUCUAUGUAGGAGGAGGUGGUGGGUAGCCUAUGCAAUUUCAGUUGUCGGUGUACUGAUCCCAUUUUGGAACACAGUGGACUCCAAUCAAGUUGUAGAAACAUCUCAAGGAUGAUCAAUGGAAACAGGAUGCACCUGAGCUCAAUUUCAGGUCUCGUAGCAAAGUGUCUGAAUACUUAUGUAAAUAAGUGAUGUUUACUCUUACCGAGGUAGCCGCCCUGAAUGACAUCCAGCCAACCUAUCGGAUCCUGAAACCAUGGUGGGACGUCUUUAUGGACUACCUGGGCGUCGUCAUGCUGAUGCUGGCCAUAUUUUCUGGAACCAUGCAGUUAACCAAAGACCAGGUGGUUUGCCUUCCUAUCCUGGAACCAGCUUCAGAGGACCCCAGCGGCUUCACAACACCGCAGCCAGCGGAGGGGUCUGGUUUUGGGUCAGGGAACGGAGGAAGUAGGGUGACUCUAGCCGCCACUCCCCUAGUGACUAAGGAUCUACCGGAUAGUGUUGUUCAUCAGAUUCACUUUACACAUUCUGGUGGUGUUGGACAGCAGCCUCUGCCAACAGGCCUCAGGACAAACCUGGACUUUCAGCAAUAUGUUUUUGUCAAUCAGAUGUGCUACCAUGUCGCCCUGCCGUGGUAUUCUAAAUACUUCCCAUACCUUGCUCUCAUACACACCAUCGUCCUCAUGGUCAGCAGUAACUUCUGGUUCAAAUAUCCAAAGACUUGUUCGAAAAUAGAGCAUUUUGUGGGGAUUCUGGGGAAGUGUUUUGAGUCUCCUUGGACGACCAAGGCAUUAUCUGAGACGGCAUGUGAGGACUCAGAGGAGAAUAAGCAAAGGCUCACUGGUGCCCCUUUCCUGCCAAAACAUUUCUCAACCAGCAGUGAAGAGGGAAGUCCUAACCAGUCCACCCCGAUGCUGGCUAAGUCUGGGGUCAAGUUCACUGCUGAUAAGCCUGUCAUUGAAGUCCCAUGCAUGACCAUACUAGACAAUAAAGAUGGAGAGCAGGCCAAGGCUCUAUUUGAAAAGGUUAGGAAAUUCCGUACCCACGUGGAAGACAGUGAUUUGAUCUACAAGCUCUACGUUGCCCAAACAGUGAUCAAAACUGUGAAGUUCAUUUUGAUCUUGUGUUACACAAUGACGUUUGUUGCUGCCAUUGACUUUGACCAUGUGUGUGAGCCUGACAUAAAACAUUUAACUGGAUACACUAAAUUCCAAUGCACACAUAACAUGGCAUUCAUGUUAAGGAAGCUGCUUGUCAGCUAUAUUUCCCUCGUCUGUAUAUACGGCCUCAUCUGUAUGUACACUCUCUUCUGGCUCUUUCGACGACCUCUCAAGGAGUACUCUUUCGAGAAAGUCAGAGAGGAGAGUAGCUUCAGUGACAUUCCUGACGUGAAGAACGACUUUGCGUUUCUCUUGCACAUGGUCGAUCAGUACGACCAGCUGUACUCUAAGCGUUUUGGUGUCUUCCUCUCUGAAGUCAGUGAGAACAAGCUGCGGGAGAUCAGCUUGAAUCACGAGUGGACAUUCGAGAAACUGAGACAGCAUGUAACCCGCAAUGCUCAGGACAAACUGGAGCUCCAUCUCUUCAUGCUGUCAGGUUUGCCAGACGCUGUCUUUGACCUGACAGAUCUGGAGAUCCUGAAGCUGGAGCUGAUCCCAGAGGCCAGGAUAACAGCCAAGAUCUCCCAGAUGAUCAACAUUCAGGAGCUACACUUCUACCACUGUCCUGCCAAAGUCGAGGAGACCGCGUUCAGUUUCCUUCGUGACCACCUCCGGUGCCUUCAUGUCAAGUUUACGGAUGUAGCCGAGAUCCCCACUUGGGUGUACCUGUUGAAAGGUUUGAGGGAGCUGUACUUGGUCGGGAAUCUGAAUUCUGAAAACAACAAGAUGAUCGGUUUAGAAUCUCUCAGAGACCUGAGGCAUCUAAAGAUUCUGCAUCUAAAAAGCAAUUUGACGAAGGUCCCGACCAACAUAACAGAUCUCUCUCCACACCUGAUCAAGCUGGUGGUACACAAUGAUGGUACUAAACUCCUGGUACUGAACAGUUUGAAGAAAAUGAUGAACCUAGCUGAACUAGAGCUUCACAACUGUGAACUGGAGAGGAUACCUCAUGCUAUCUUCAGUUUGACCAACCUGCAGGAGCUGGACCUGAAAUCCAACAACAUUCGUACCAUUGAGGAGGUCAUCAGCUUCCAGCACCUCAAGAGGCUGAUCUGUCUCAAACUAUGGCACAAUAAAAUCAUUACCAUUCCAUUGUCAAUAAGCCAUGUCAAAAACCUUGAGUCCCUCUACCUUUCUCACAAUAAACUUGAAUCUCUGCCCGUACCCUUGUUUAACCUGCUCAAGCUGAGGUAUCUGGACAUUAGCCACAACUCCAUAGCGGUGAUUCCGCUGGAGAUUGGUUUUAUGCAGAACCUCCAGCACUUUGCCAUUACAGGCAACAAGGUGGAGGUAGUACCCAAACAGCUGUUUAAGUGCACCAAACUGAGGACACUAAGUCUGGGACACAAUUGUAUCGCCGUCCUUCCAGAGAAGAUCAGCAAUCUGGUGCAGCUAACAAACCUGGAGCUGAAGGGAAACUGUCUGGACCGCCUGCCGCCCCAGCUAGGCCAGUGUCACCUCCUCCGCAGGAACUGCCUGGUGGUGGAGGACCACCUGUUUGACUCACUCCCCCUAGAGAUCAAGGAGAGUAUCAAUCAGGAAGCCAACGUGCCCUUUGCUAAUGGGGUGUGAGUGUGGCAGGACAGUGAGAGUCACUUUACCCAUACAGGAGUGGGAUUACAAAAAUCAGACAACUGUCCACAGUCCAUGUUUGUAAUUACAACAAGUGAACUGAAAGAAAGGUUUUUGCUCAGGGCUGACUCGUCAUGAAAGAACAUUAUGUUUUAGACGGGUAUAAAAUGGCACUGUGAUCACUCAUUAUGAAAGAAGAUCCCAGGUACUGUGGAAAAAGCCAUAAGUAUGGUCUAGUUCAAAAAUGGUAGGUUAGUUCCAUAGUGAUGGUCUGGUUCAAGAGUGAUGGUCUGGUUCAAGAGUGAUGGUCUGGUUCAAGAGUGAUGGUCUGGUUGAAGAGUGAUGGUCUGGUUGAAGAGUGAUGGUCUGGUUGAAGAGUGAUGGUCUGGUUGAAGAGUGAUGGUCUGGUUGAAGAGUGUUUGGGUGGUUCAAGAGUGUUUGGGUGGUUCAAGAGUGUUUGGGUGGUUCAAGAGUGUUUGGGUGGUUCAAGAGUGUUUGGGUGGUUCAAGAGUGUUUGGGUGGUUCAAGAGUGAUUGGGUGGUUCAAGAGUGAUUGGGUGGUUCAAGAGUGAUUGGGUGGUUCAAGAGUGAUUGGGUGGUUCAAGAGCGAUUGGGUGGUUCAAGAGCGAUUGGGUGGUUCAAGAGCGAUUGGGUGGUUCAAGAGCGAUUGGGUGGUUCAAGAGUGAUGGGCUGGUUCCAGAAUGACGGGCUAGUUCCAGAAUGAUGGACUGGGGUGCAAUCAUUAGUCCAAACUGUUGCAAAUCAGAAUAUUUUGCAACUAAAACUAGUGUUUCUAUUGGACAAUUCAGGUAGGUCCUUCCCCGUUUCAUUCCAUUUGCUUUUGUUUAAGAAAUGUUUUGCAACAGAUUCGGCGUAAUGACUACAUCCCUGGUUCCAGAAUGAGGGUCUGGUUCCAGAGUGACGGCUAGUUCUAGAAUGACGACCAUGUUUGUGUUAGACCACAAAAUUAUUAGUCAAUGUUCUGAGGAAAAUGGAUGGUCCUCUUAAUUAUGGAACAGAGAAUGGUGGUGUAGAAUUUAUAGAUGCGAGGGAUACAUGGUCUGAUGAGAUUUUAUGUUUGUUUUCUUUGUUUUAUAGCAACAAUUUAUGGAACGCCGUUUGGGUCUUUGCAUGUCAAAAAAGAUACACAUCAAAUAACACUUUGUCGUGUCAAAUAACACUUUUUGUCGUGUCAAAUAACACAAUUUGAUGUGUCAAAUCAGCUUGUUGACCAAUCAGGACCUGAAUAUGACUGCACGUCACAUAAUAAUUUAACGUGUUCAUAAUUUGUUUUACGUAGUUAUUACACAUUGAUUACACUCACUCGUAUUUCAUAUGUCACAGCGAUUCCUCGAUACGUAUGCUAUGAUGCUAGUACAGUGCUGGUCAUAAAAAAGCUAGCUAGCUCAUGGAUGCAAACAAUGUCUUCCCCAAAAACAUAACAAAACGACAUAAUCUGUUUCAGUAGCUAUAGUUAGCUAGCUAACUAUAUAUUUAUGUAUCAUCCUCUAAAAUAACCCUAAUUUACAAGACAGUUCUUAUUUGAUUAAUGGUGGUCGGACCCAUCUAUGUGAAGCUAGCCACAAUAAGGAUUAGCCUUCAAAAUAAAAGUAUGUCAAUGACAGUGUUGCAAAUUAAUACAAAUUGUAGAAUUAUUCCAUAAUUGAAUAGAUCAUGAUAAACGAGUUUGGAAUGGUAUAUAAAAUCAACAAAAUACAAUCAUUUGUUAAUUUGACCAAAAUUUGUUGAAAUCACACUGGAUGUAUUAGACUUUAGAAUUUCAUUGGGGCAUACUUAUUUCACUGUACAGCCUUACCUAAGGAUUGUGGAUCAAUGGCAUGGGGUAUCAGUCUACUCAGUGACACACAGAGAACAUUAGCAUCGUAGCUGUCACGCCCUGGUCGAAAUAUAUUAGAUUUAUCUUCAUUUAUUUGGUCAGGCCAGGGUGUGACAUGGGUUAUUGUGGUGUGUUUUUGUCUUGGGGUUUUUGUGGGGCGUAUAGUAUAGUCUAUGUUUGCCUGAGGCGGUUCUCAAUCAGAGUCAGGUGAUUAUCGUUGUGUCUGAUUGGGAACCAUAUUUAGGCAGCCAUAUUCUUUUGAGUGUUUUGGUGUGGGUGAUUGUUCCUGUCUCUGUGUCUUCACCAGAUAGGACUGUUUAGGUUUUCACGUUCCGUUUGUUGUUUUUGUAUUGUUCGUGUUUUUUCGUUCUUCAUUAAACAUGUCUCAAAAAUA